AUGUCUGUUUCCCCGCAUUCACCCACUCCCAGUAGCUCGCAUGCUGACUCCAGCCCGAGCAGAAGAAAAAGAAAAUUGCGCGACGUCGACUCGGACUCGGGCUCAGCCUCGGACUCGGACAACAGCGGUGAUGAGAACGAGUCUGGCUCAGGUUCCGACCCCGAAGCAUCUGAGCCUCCUGUUCUCUCGCAUGCCGAGCAGCGAAGACAGCGUAAAAAGCAAGAGAAAUCAGCUGCACAACCUUCAGCAGACGCAAAGCCUACCAAGGAGAAGUCAGUAAAGAACACCGCAGAGCUAGCACCGUCAAAGGUGCCAAAACGACAGAACUCGGUAUGGGUCGGUAACAUGUCCUUCAAGACGACACCAGAGGCGCUCCGCCAAUUCUUCGACGGCGUUGGCGAGAUCACUAGGAUUCACAUGCCUACAAAGCUCGCGAAUCCUGGUCCUGAGGGCAAGGGUGUUAGAAAGGAAAAUCGUGGGUUCGCCUAUGUGGAUUUCUCCACACCUGAUGCGAAAACUGCGGCAAUCACGCGGUCGGAGAACCCACUCGAUGGCAGACGGCUUCUCAUAAAGGAUGGUGACGACUUUAACGGCCGCCCUACAGCCGCGAGCGCCGACGCCCAGGACGGUGCAUCGAAAUCGAGUUUGUCCGGACACACCAAAACUGCCCAGAAAAUCCUGAGCGCGCAGAAGCAGCCCGCAGGGCCCACGCUUUUCCUCGGAAACCUCGGAUUCGAGGCGACGGAGCAGUCCAUCCGCACAUUAUUUGACUCGUAUCGCCCGAAGGCCGUCGGCGGUGCAGACGCAGAUCCGGACGCAGAUGCAGAUGCGGGUGCGGAGAAACCAAAGCCGUGGAUACGUAAAGUGCGCCUGGGCACGUUCGAAGAUAGUGGGAAGUGCAAAGGAUGGGCAUUUAUCGACUUCACAAGCACCGAGCACGCAACGACCGCGUUGGUCAGUUCAAAGAUCCAUUUUUUGGACGGCCGGAAACUCGUAGUUGAGUACGCCUCCCCGGAUGCAGUACGUCGCGGGGGGAACUUUUCUGAGUUGAGAGAAAAGAGAAUAAAAGGAGACAAGGGCAGCUAUGACGAGCAGCGGCCUAGGAGAAAGCCCUCAGGCAAACUCCACCAGAGCAGAACAACAGCCAACGAAGCGGAUGCUCCCAUGGGUGGCGAGGAGCAACAGGAGGUUCCCGCCAAGCGGCGUCGGAUAGAGGAUGCAUCUCAAUCGUUCGAGAAACGUACCAGGGACGGAAAGCCGCAAAGGGUGAGAACGAAGCCUGGUGCGGCUCUGGCCUUAGCCAAGCGAGAGACGGCGGCGAUUGUUCCUAGUCAGGGAAAGAAAAUCGUGUUUUAG